AUGCGCCUGUUGAUCUGUCUGACGUCCGCGCUGGUUCUAUGCGCGAGCGGCGAAGCGGCUCCGGAGCCGUCUCCGACUGCGGGACACUCUCCGCGUAUCGAUGAGGGGAACUUUCCGAACCGGGAUCACACGAGGCAAGGAACCUCUCAGUACCAACAACAAGUGCUAGAUCCCUCGCCAGGUUCUGCCUUUAACCUGAAGGUCCAGGUUAGCGACAUGCUGAGUCGUCAGUUCCUGAGCCAGGCAGCGGUGGAGGUUUACAUCAACUACACCAGGGCCGGCGCCGCUCUCACUGGGGAGGACGGUGGUGUUCUGCUUCAUGUACCGUACCAAACUGGGCUGCCUAUGACAGUUGUGGCCAGCAAGGAUGGCUAUGUCGACACACUGCUGCCGUGUAAAACCAGCAGAAUGCCGAUAUUUUCAUCAGUGACUGUGUCACUACUUGGUCUAAAUCAAGCGAACAUCUGGCUCUUUGAAGAUUCUGUCCUGAUCUCUGGCAAAACAUCUGAUGCUUGGUCGCAGCCUGUUGUUCAGUUCCCCAAGAGCCUGCUGAAUCUGACAGACAGCAGUAACGUCACCUCUGUCAAAGCCUACCUGACCGUUCCCAAGCUGUCGUCAGAGGAUGACGGCCUUCUCAACACUUUGGGCAUCACAAGCACUAAUUCAGGAUAUGUCGGUGUGGAACUGAGCCCAGUGGCGGCCGUCAGCGUGCAGCUUUUCUCAGGAGACACAGAGUUACAUGUGACCGGGCCCAUACAGAUGAGCCUCAGCAUCCCUGACAGCUGUGGACUUCAGAUUUCAAAUGUUGUCCCAGCAUGGUUCUUGAACCGGACCACUGGUGGAUGGAUGAGAAAAGGACUAGGAAAGGUGGUGUCAGUAGAUGGAAAACUCAUGUGGACCUUCACAGCUCCUCACCUAGGCUACUGGAUUGCAGCACCUUUGUCAUCUACCAAAGGUUUCUUUGGACUUGCCAUUCCCAUCGACUUCAUCUUAGGCCAUUCAUCUAUCCUGAUGGUUCUCCUCGGAGGAAUGCUUGUUAUUCUCACCUGUCUUCUGGUUGGAUUAUUGUAUUAUCGCAGAAGUUCCCUCAGUGAAACUGAGGCAAAGAAGAUCCCAUCAGUGAUGAGAAAAGACCAAACCACUUCCACAUGUGACGAUGACGUCUUUGAUCCGCAGGAUGGGCUGAGCCCGUCAUUCACAGAAAAGCUGGACAAUCGGCACAAUUCCUCUGUUAAUUCAAUGCACAAUGGCGAUGUAAUAGCCAAUCCCAGUGCUGUGGCCAUUGCGCUGGCGUGUACCGAACUGGACCUCAACCCUGAACCAAAUGAUUCGACCUAUUUAUGCAAAACUACAGAGCAGAUGAGAGUUCCAGCAUCUCUGACUGAGAGUUUGUUUUUCUACAACCAGCCUGUUGCCAUCCUUCACGCACCAGCAUUCUUCCAUUUGGAGGAGCAAGAGGAACAGCCCCAGUGGAGCAAGUCGGCUACUCUGCCCCGUGCAGGGGCUUCAAACAGCGCUGCCACUGAGCCACUGAGUAAAGACAGCUUCACCCAGACACUGCCAAAAGGUCCGCCUGUGACCCAGAACCAGGCAGUGGAAACUGAGGACCAGCUCGGAGUUUUAGCGGCCUCUCAGGCAGCAUCCUCCACCAACACGUCCAGGGGUCACUUCAACCUCCCAGAGUCCAUGUCAGUCCCUGGAACACUAAAUAAAAUCGGGGACAGCAGGCACUCGGUACAUGCCUCAUCAGAAUUUUCUAAAGCCGCGUCAGCCCAGCCUCCCCGGGCCUGGUUUGUAUCACUGGAGGGCAAACCUGCAGCUGAGAUCCAUUACGCUGUGACAGAGCAGCAGAGGAGACGAAGGCCAGUGGAGAGUCGAGAGACCAGUUUAGACUCGGGGGUGGAUAUGAGCGAACUGAACCAGUCGUCUGGGAGGAGGGCUGUAACACUGGAGCGCAAUGCUACUUUUGUCAAAAGCAGAUCCAGCAGUAAACAUGCACCUCCACAGUAAAAACUCCUAUUACCUCCAUGCCUGCAGACCCCUAAGUUUAUGAUUCAACAGCAUCAGUUCUAUGACAAAUGACUUAUUUACCUUUUUGCUUAAAUAUUUACCGAUUUAUGUUUGUAAAGCCCCAUUUCUGCCAGUCAUCAGAUUCCACAUAGUUUGCACUCCAACUAUUGCACAUGAAGAAAAGUGAAAAACUAACUUAAAAGUCUUAAUACUUAUGUUAGUUUAAAUGUCAUUUGAUAUAUACUUGAGCAUAUUUUGAAUAUUUGCGCAUGUCUUUGUGUAUUUUGCCAUGAAGUGAAUCAUUUAAUUAUAUU